AUGGGCUUCGAAGACAAACGAGUCGCAAUCAUUGGCGGCGGCCUAGGAGGCAUGUCCUUCCUCAAUGCUGCACUGCACACCGGCCUGAAGAAAGUGCAAUUAUACGAGCAAGCAGCUCAGUUCGGUGAGGUCGGUGCCGGUGUAAACAUCACCUCAAACGCAAACCGCGUCUUGGACGCCUUCGGUUUGCAAGAGAGCAUGAUGCGCAAGUCCUCACGCAAGCUGCCCAGCUAUAUGGAGUACCACAACUACAAGACCGGCGACUACGUAGGUCACAUUGGCGAGUUCUCGCAGCCGCACGCCCGCCUGCUGCACCGCGCCCACCUACUAGACUCUCUCAAGGAGCGCGUACCCGAGUCAAGCCUGAACUUGGGCAAGCAUCUGGUAUCCGUCGACCGCAACGCGGCCGGUGCUGCACCGUACACACUUCAUUUCCAGGAUGGCAGCACCGCCGAGGCAGAUAUUGUGGUCGGCUGUGAUGGUAUCAAGUCUAAUGUGCGCCGGGAUAUGGGCCUGGGAGACGACCCUAUCUACUCUGGCCAGGUUGUAUAUCGCGGAUUCGUCGACUACAGGGACCUACCCGCUGAGACGGAACAGCUGCUGCGCAAGACUGUUAACUUCCGUGGGCCCAAACGCCAUGUCCUGAUCUUGCCUAUCGGUAACCAGGAGACGGGGACCGACCGUGCUGCCGUGAUCGGUUUUAUGUCUGAGCCACUUGAGGCUUGGGACUCGGAGAGCUGGAUGUCCCGCUCGGAUAUUGAUAGCCUGCAGGAGCACGUCCGCGACUGGUGCCCGGAGGUGCAGCAUAUCAUUGCCGGUCUGCGCAAGAGCUCCCAGGAUGGCAAGAUGCUCAAACAAGCGCUGUACGUGCGUGAUCCGAUCGAUAAGUGGUAUGAAAUGAAGAGUGGGCAGAAGGAUUCUGGUAUUAUUCUGCUUGGUGACUCGGCGCACUCGACUCUUCCUCAUCAAGGCCAAGGAACAUGCAUGGCAAUUGAAUCUGGCAUUGCCCUUGCGACAAUCCUCAGAUAUUGGAAGACAGAUGACCUAGAGGCUGCAUUCAAGUUCUACCAGGACCUGCGCAAGCCCCGGACAGACCUGGUCACAAAGACCAGUUACGAAGCUGGCAAGCUCGCUAGCUCAGAAUCUCCUGACCAGAUGUCUAACAACUUCAACCCGGAUGCGCUGAUGGAGCGGAUGAAGUGGAUUAUGGAGUACAACGUUCUAGAAGACUUGAAGAUCAAGGGCCAGGGAUUGUUGAAUUCGCAAGAUUCGCGCCUAUAA